AUGGAUAGCGAUCUGAGGCCCAGCCCCGUCCCUCGGCCCCGCGUCUUCCCGGUCGUGGGAACCGCGCCAGGCCCCCGGUGCGGACACACACUCACCGCCAUUUCGGGGCCGGAGGGAGACCUUUCCAAGGCCAAGCUUGUGCUAUUUGGUGGUGCCACUGCGCUUGAGGGUUCCUCCGGCAAGAGCGAGGGCGCGCAGUCGACGCCUGGUUCAGCAGCCUCAGGGCGCGCUUUGUUUGCAGGCAUUCGUUUGGCUGGCGCCACUAACGACGUUCAUAUCUUUGAUGUGCGCACGGGAAAAUGGGAGAAGACAACUCCUGCAGGAGAGCCACCAUCGCCACGAGCUGCACACGCGGCAGCGGCUGUGGGAAAUAUGGUGGUCAUUCAGGGCGGUAUCGGUCCAGCUGGGCUGGCAUCGGAAGACCUGCAUGUGCUGGACUUCACGGACCCUGAUAGGCCACGAUGGCACAGAGUGCUGGUGUCUGGACCAGGCCCCAGCGCUCGCUACGCCCAUACACUUAGCCUGGUCGCGAAUCGCUUUCUUGUGGCUAUGGGCGGGAAUGAUGGCAAGUCGACGCUAGGCGAUGCAUGGGCGCUUGAUACUUCCGAGAAACCUUACGCUUGGAGAAAAAUAACGGACGCGGGCGAGAUGCCGUCGCCUAGGAUGUAUGCGACGGCUGCUGCCCGGAGCGAUGGCCUUCUGCUCCUCUGUGGCGGCCGUGACGUUGGCGGCACCCCGCUGGGAGAUGCCUACGGCUUCGCCCGGCACCGGGAUGGACGUUGGGAAUGGCACUCUGCCCCUGGCGCAAUGCCAACUGGCCGAUACCAACACGGGGCCGUGUUCGUGGGCAAUCGUCUGCAUAUUUCGGGCGGGGCUGUCGGAGGCGGCAGGAUGGUGGAUGAGGGAACAUCCACGGUGGUCUUGGACACGACGCACGGCUGCUGGGUGACGCCAACGAGCGUUGCCAGCGGCGAAGACUUUACACGCCGGUGCCGCCAUGCGGUUGCUUCCGUCGGACCUUUUGUCUUCAUUUAUGGAGGGCUUAAGGCAAGGUGGUAUGGGUCCCAACUGCUGGACGACUUAUUAGUGGCAGAUGAUUCGAACGGAACAGAGCUAUCAAUCUUCGACCCGCGGUCGUCUGCGUGGCAGCAGUACAUGGAGUCCAUGCAUGGAAAUGCAGCCGCGAGUCGCAUGCUGGAAAAGGCAGCUGCAGAGGAAGCUGCCGCCGCCGCGGCCUUGAAUGUUCGCCGGGUGUCAGCAAUGGAGGACCUGCGCUGUGUGGACGAGCAGCUGGACGGUUCCGGGAACGGCGCUGGCGGAUCGCGCACGUCGGACUCGCCAUCGACGAACCGCUCUUCAAGUCCAGAUGUUUCGCUUGGAAAAGACCACGUGCCUGGUACAACGCCAUAUACUCCAGACGUCAAGCUGUGGCAUCGCGCGGUUGUGGUGCACCAAGAGAACAGCUUGCGCGGCCUGGUCCGGCAAUUGUCCAUUGAUCAGCUGGACAAUGAAGGGCGACGCGUGUCGAUCUACGAGAAUGGCGGGCCGGGGGGAGCUAAGGAGAAGAGCCCGCUGUUCACACGCAGCAUGUCGGUCACGGGUGUCCACAAGCGGGUCAUCAAUGAGCUGCUGCGGCCACGGACGUGGAAGGCCCCUGAGGACCGUCGUUUUUUGCUAAACGCCAGCGAGAUCGAAGAGCUGUGCAACAAUGCGGAAAGCAUUUUCCGGGAGGAACCCACUGUAUUGAACGUCGGAGCCCCCAUCAAGAUUUUCGGCGAUUUGCACGGGCAGUUCGGUGAUUUAAUGAGGCUGUUUGAGGAGUACGGCACACCCUCAACGGCGGGUGAUAUUACCUACAUCGACUACCUCUUCUUGGGUGACUACGUGGACCGCGGCUCGCAUUCCUUGGAGACCAUUUGUCUGCUGCUGGCACUCAAAAUCGAGCACCCUCGGUCCGUGCACCUCAUACGCGGAAACCACGAGGCACACGACAUCAACGCGCUGUUUGGCUUCCGCCUCGAAUGCCUCGAGCGUUUGGGUGACGAGCCCGGUGUGUUCGUCUGGCGCCGCAUCAACGAGCUCUUCAACUACCUGCCACUGGCGGCAAUAAUUGAGAACAAGAUCCUCUGUAUGCAUGGAGGCAUUGGCCGCUGCAUCCACAAGGUCGACCAGAUUGCAGAGCUUAAGCGGCCCAUUACCAUGGAGGAUGGCGGCCCUGUUUUGAUGGACUUGUUGUGGAGCGACCCCACAACUAACGAUGGUGUGCAGGGCGUGCAGCCAAGCCCCCGUGGUCCCGGACUCGUCACCUUCGGUCCGGAUCGGGUCAAGGAGUUCUGUAAGAACAACAAUUUGCAGAUGAUCGUGCGUGCACACGAGUGCGUGAUGGAUGGCUUUGAGCGCUUCGCGCAGGGUCACCUCAUCACGCUCUUUUCCGCCACCAAUUACUGCGGCACUGCUGGUAACGCGGGCGCUAUCCUGGUGCUCGGUCGAGACCUGGUCAUGGUGCCCAAGCUGAUCCACCCCCUGCCGCCUAAUACGCCGCACACGCCAGAUUCAACCGGGGGCCUGGACGAGGACCCGCCCACGCCGCACCCGGCCAACGACACAUGGAUGCAGUCCAUUAAUGAUGAGCGGCCACCCACGCCGCCACGCGGUCGGCCCCACAUGGGGUCAUCGCUCGAGUACUUUUAA